GGACAAUCCUUUUGGGACUUGGAGUCCAAUUUGUCUUUAUGGUCAGGCUUCAAGGAGGAUUUUUUCAUGAAAGUUGAUACGACUUUGUUGAGAACAGGGGGUGUUGGCAAAGAUGUUGAUGAAGGAAAACAAAUUGCAGGCCUGGACAUGGAGGUGGGAUUAUGGACCAUGUCAAAGUCCCCUGUUGAACCCAAUGGCAGCUGACUGAAGCACAUGCAGUACAGUUCACAGACAGUAGCCAUGGCGAGCGAGAGACUUACACUGCGAGUCUUCCUCCCCAACGGAACCUUCAACUCUGUCAAGUACAACGAUGGCACAGAUGUGAAGAACAUAAUCCAUGUGGUGGUUGGUCGUCUGGCAGCCGGUACGCGAGAGUACGAGGCCUGCUACGCCAUGAGAAUCAACCACACCCAGUCGGAGGAGACCUACUGGUUAAACCCUGACAUGGCCAUCAGUGAGGUCAGCGACCUCUACUGGAACAUCCACCCAGCAACGGAAUGGAGAUUUGAACUGCGGAUUCGGUUCAUCCCCAGAAGUUACAGGGACCUGCUGGAGAGAGACAGAGUCACUUUCUUCUUCCUGUAUGAUCAGGUACGCACAGACUACAUGAAUGAGCUGGCCGACACCAUUGACCAAGAUGAGGCCAUCAGACUGGGCUGCCUCGAAAUCAGGAGACUGUUCAAGGAUAUGCCAGAGAGAGCACUGGACAAGAAGGCAAAUUUUGAAUACCUAGAGAAGGAGCUGGGACUGAAAAGAUUCUUCCCCAAGUCAGUCCUGGAAACAGUCAAACCCAAGAACAUGAGGAAGCUGAUUCACCAGAACUUCAAAGACUAUGAGUCCAUGACGGAGGAGGAGUGUGUCUUCAAAUUCUUUGAGCUCAUCUUCAGAUUCCACAGAUACGACCAGGAGAAGUUCAAGUGUGCACUGGGGAAAGGAUGGAGUGUUUCUGUGGAGUUAGUGAUUGGACCAGAUGUCUGCAUCAGCUACACGACAGACAAGGGAGCAGCUCCCAACCAGCUGGCAGACUUUGCCCAGGUCCACUCCAUCAAGACCAGCCUGGUGGAGCCUGAGAAGAAGGGAUCCCUGCAGCUGGAGAUAUUUGGUGCCAGCGAGACCCUGACGAUUACGACACCAUCCCUGGCCAUAGCAGAGGACAUGGCUAACCUGGUAGACGGGUACUGCAAGCUGACCCACAACAGCACAACCUCCCUCAUCACACGACCAAACGCCUUCCAUAUAUUCCAAGCCGGUAAGCGGAGAUUGUCUGCUUCCCGGCAAUCCUUAACCAAGUACCUCCAGAAACAGUGGCAGAAAUUUCUAGAUAGCAGAAGAGCUCUUCCUGUUCCUCCAGGAAUGAACAGUGCUCCCAAUGGCAGGGAGAGCAGGAAAAGUGAUGCUUCCAGCAAGAAAGGUUCCCUGGUCUCAGGUACAUACUUGGCUACCAUGACAACCACUGAUGACGAAGAUGAGGAAUCAGAUGACUAUGCAGAAAUUGUGGAUGAUGACGACUACUCCAUGCCAGCUACGAAAGACUACGAGAUUGCGAGGGACAAAAUCGUCCUCGGUGCAAUAAUCGGAGAGGGUCAGUUCGGAGAUGUGCAUAGAGGAGUCUACAAAUCCAAGGAGGAAGGCAACCUUGACGUAGCAGUGAAGACUUGUAAGAUGGACUGUACAGACACAGUGGCAGAGAAGUUCCUGGAGGAGGCCUACACCAUGAAGCAGUUUGACCAUCCUCACAUCAUCAGGCUCAUUGGGGUGUGCACGGACAGGCCCAUCUGGAUCAUCAUGGAGCUGGCAAAUUUUGGGGAGCUGCGGUCCUUCCUGCAGUCCAACAAACAGAGCCUGGAUCUGGCGACCCUCAUCCUCUAUGCAUACCAGCUCAGCACGGCACUGUCGUAUCUAGAGAGCAAAAAAUUUGUACAUAGAGAUAUUGCUGCGAGAAAUGUGCUGGUGGCUGCUUACGACAGUGUGAAACUGGGAGACUUUGGACUCUCCAGAUGGGUGGAGGACCAAACAUACUAUAAAGCAUCCAAAGGCAAGCUGCCCAUCAAAUGGAUGGCUCCGGAGUCCAUCAACUUCAGGAGGUUCACAACAGCCAGUGAUGUCUGGAUGUUCGGUGUCUGUAUGUGGGAGAUAUUGAUGUUGGGGGUCAAGCCAUUCCAGGGGGUCAAGAACAAUGAUGUCAUUGGGAAGAUAGAGAAUGGAGAACGACUGGCCAUGCCACCCAACUGUCCUCCCAACCUCUACAACAUCAUGACCAAGUGCUGGUCUUAUGAACCCUCCAACAGACCACUCUUCAGCCAUCUUAAAGAACAGCUUAGGUCUCUUGUUUGCAUGUACAAGUCCCAGAACAGGAGUCUCAUCCUUCAUGAAGAGAGGAUGGCUCAAGAUGCAGCUAUGCACAGGGAUGCCAGAAGAAUGAACCAGUUAGCAUGGGGUGUAGGUUAUGGAGAGGACCAGCCACCUCCCAAGCCCAGCAGACCAGGCUACCCCAGCCCCAGGUCCAGCAUGGGGAACCUGUUAGACCAGGGGUACCCUGUAGGGAUGCUGCCCUCCCAGUCUAACCCUAACCUGGUCCUGGACCUGCCUCCAUGGGGCAACAACAGUAUGCCAAACCACUAUCAGCCACCUCCUGCUAACACCCUCCACCCCCUCCACACGUCCUGGUCCAACCCCAACCUGGCACAGUCUCCCCGGAGCUCCUGGGGUCCCCUGCCCCCCCACUAUCAGGUGUCUAACAUUGAAGGUGUGAUAUCACCUGGUCACUACCAGACACCGCCCGGUCUGAACCGCCUCUCAACCGGGUCGGCAGACGGGGAAUGGAACAGACCACUCAGUGUGGAGGAGAGGGAAGCGAUGGAGCGCCUGAAGGCAGAACAUGCCCUGCAGAUGCAGGAACUGGAGAGACGGAUGAUUCAGCAGAAGCUGGAGGCGCAGCAGAGGCAGUGUGAGGAGGACCAGAAAUGGCUGCAGAGUGAGGAGGUGGCACUGAACCCCAUCAUCUCCCCAAAGCUGGAGCGUCCAGAGCAGAUGCCAGGUCAAACCAAUGAGGUUGAAGGCAGCCAAACAGACGGAAACAUGCCAGACAGGUCCUCCUCACCGGCAUAUGCAGACAUAAGGAAGAGACCCCUUCCAGAGCUGCCAUCUUACCAACAGAGCCCACAAGAAGCAAAUAGUAAUGAGCCACCUCCAAAACCUGCAAGACCAGGCCUUCCACUAAGCCCCAGGACCAGUAAUGCUGCUGAGUUAUCAUCACAGAGUCCUCCCCCUACAACCCCUCCAGCUGAAGCGGCCCCUCCUCCCACCAUGGACCUGGACAGGACCAAUGACCAUGUGUUUGACAACACCACGGGUGUGGUGCGUGCGGUCAUGGAGAUGUCCAACAAACUGCAGUAUGCCAAGGCUGACCAGUACGUCAUCUUGGUCAAGGAAGUAGGACUGGCCCUGAAGAGUCUCCUGACCAGUGUGGACGAGGUGACAGCGAGGAUCCCUGCAGAUCUGCACAGGGAGAUUGAGAUGGCGCACAAGGUGCUGAGUUCUGACAUGGCUAACCUGAUAGAGAAGAUGAAGUUGGCGCAGAAGUACAGCAACACCACUCUGGACCAGGAGUACAAGAAGGGCAUGCUGCAGUCAGCUCACAUCCUCGCUAUGGACGCCAAGAACCUCCUAGACGCUGUUGAUAGUGCACGAAUCAAGUCACACCAGAUCGGCCAAUCAUGACACACGAGGACAGGGUCGUACAUGUAGGACGAGUAGAAAUGCCAUGUAGAUAUCUUAUAGAUACUAAGGUGAAAAAUAAAUAUAAUUAAUGGUAUUUACUUUGCUGGUAGUGCAGCUUUAAGAAUUUGGGUGGUUACUUUUGACAUCUGCUAACAGCACAAUGGUGACUGUGUAAUAUUCAUGUUCUACAUGUAUGAACUAUUUACAUGUACAAAUGUACGGAAACUAAAAACUGGUGAGUCAUGUAGGUUCAUUUACUUCAUGUGUAAAAUGAUGUUUUCAGUUAUUUCCUCUAAUUUGUUAUUGAUAGAGGAAGGAAGACGUGCCAUUUUGAGCAAAUAAUUUGGGAAUUAUUUACCAGUUAGAGAAUUGGCCAAGCAUGACUAAUAUGCUACAAGUGCUAUUUUUAUUACAUGUACCAAUGACAAUCUCUAAAAUGUUGUAGACUAUGAAUGUAUGUAUUCUGACAGGUUAUUUGUAGCCAACAGUGCUAUUGUGCCAUACUGGUGUUUAAUAUGAAUUAAUGCCAUCAACUAGAAAUGAAUACAGCUAUGGUGGUAUGUAUAGUAUAGCUGUUCUUCUUGUAUGGAAAUUUGUUUGAAUGUAAUCAUUCAUGUUCAAAUUUGUGGUAGAAAAGAUGUCGGCUAUUUGUAGGAUUAUAAAGCAAAACCCAGCUAAGUUGAUAAGAAAAUAUGACAACAGUAUGUAUUAGAAAUAUACAUGUACUGAGGAACUAGGAUCACUGAUGUACCCAUUGUGUUACAUUUAUUCUGCUUUCAGAGAAUUGCUCACUAACACACCAGGAUGUAGAAAAUUCAUUGUUACUAAACUAUAUUUUUCACUUUUUUAUGUCUUAAAUGAACAGAUUGUUAUGUUGGUUAUUAUGGGGUACAUAUCAUGAUAUUUAACAAACUUGUAAAAUAUUACAAGAUGAAAUGACAAAUACCAUACAAUUACAUGUUGACUUAUAUCAUGUAUCUUUCAAAAUAUGCAAUUGAAAUUUUACUUUGAAGGUUGUGACUGUUAUUCGAGGAUAUCAUGACCCUCUUGAUUAGUUGAUACAAAUACCUGUAGCUUCCUAAAAUGGGAACUCUGAAAUCUUAACAUUUCGUUUCUGUCAGCAUGUACUUUCAAAGGCAAUAACAGGGUUUCUCCAACAGAAUCCUCCAAUUUUGGCAUCUAGUGUUUUUACAAAGAUACCUCUACAUGUAUGUUUUGAAAUAUCUGAUUUCCUAUGUACUUGGGUUAUGUUUUCACAAGUCUUAUAUAUGUUUUUGCACAUAAUAAGUAGUGCCAAGCUGAAUGCUUGUACCUGUACAUUGAUGUCUUGGUGAAAGUGCAGUUACUCUUUGUGCUAUGAGCUUGCCUGUUUUUGUUUGUUGGGCCUUUUGGUGAACAUACACAUUUAGCCUUUUUGACAUGUAGGACAUUCACGUGGUUUCGUCAUUUCUAUUUCUAUACUAUACUGGGCAAAGUCCCCUUCAGGGGCAUCCCGCCCAGGUGAACAGAGGUGCACGGCACUAGUGAUUGCAUAAGAAAAAAAAUCAUUGAUUCUUUUACACCAAACAAAUCAGAUCAGUCUAGAGAAAAUAUGGUGUUUGAUGGGUAGUCAUAUCAGUCCUUAUUGUCUGUACUAGUACCAUAGUCAUUCCUCUGAACUGUUUGUUGGGGUUUAGGUGGUUUAUUUUGUAUGAUAUAAACAUGUAUGAUGACAGGUUUUCUAAUUGUGUAUGCAACGUGGUCAUCCCUAAACCAUGUAUGUACCCAGAGAUGUGUAUAAUGCAGUAUUAUUUAUCAAUAAAUGGGUUCUAAUUUUCAUGUCAA